AUGUAUCGAUCAACGAAAGGAGCGUCAAAGGCUCGGAGGGACCAAAUCAACGCGGAGAUUCGGAACCUGAAGGACUUGCUUCCUAUCUCCGAUGCGGACAAGGCACGACUCUCAUACCUACAUAUCAUGUCCCUUGCCAGCAUGUACACCAGGAAAUCGGUCUUCUUCUCUCAAGAAUCGGGAUCUGCUGGCAGUCUCGAGGAAAGCGCGAGGUUCAUGUCUUUCGACGAGCUGUCAGAGCUGGUGCAGGAGCUACCUGGGUUUCUGCUCCUGUUGACCGGGGAAGGCAAGCUGCUCUACCUGUCAGACAGCGUCUCCGAGCACCUCGGCCACUCCAUGGUGGAUUUGGUUGCCCAGGGUGACAGUGUGUAUGAUAUCAUUGACCCUACUGACCACUUCAUCAUGAGGACCAACCUGGCCCCUCCUACGUCACCUGACACAGAUCGUCUAUUCCGUUGUCGUUUCAACACUUCCAAGUCGGUGCGCAGGCAGAGUGCUGGGAACAAGCUGGUUCUGAUCCGGGCGCGCUGCCUGUCCCCUCCCUCCUCCUCUACCACCCCUAGCUCCUACUGGACAUCCAACCCCGUCUGGAUGUGCUUCUGUUCCCCUCUGGAGGCCGUCCCCACCCGCUCUGGCCCUGGGGGGGACCAAGUUCCUGCUCUUAUCCCUCCUGCUGCUGAGAACAACUUCUUCCUAGCCACGUUCCAGUCUCAACACAGCCGAGACAUGAGGCUCCAGAAUGCACAGGACAGUGUCAGUGUUUACCUAGGCCUUGAUGUGUCAGCCCUGAGGUCUCGCUCCUGGUACAGCCUCCUCCACCCACAGGACCUGUCACACGCCUCUGCUCAGCACUGCAGCCUGUUGAGAGAAGGAGGAGAAGGUAGAUCUGAGAUGGUGGUACGGGUGGAGUCUGCAGACCAGUCCUGGGUCUGGCUUUACAUGGUACUGCAGCUGGAGGCAGGAGACAGCCCCAUCAGCAGCAACAACUACAUACUUAGUGAGGCGGAGGCGUGGUCAGUGAGACAGCAGCUGAGCACAGAGCAGACCCAGCUGACCCUGGUACUGAGUACCAGUACCUCCCGCCAGGACAGCUUGAGCCUGUCCAGCCCAGACCAAGUCUUCACCCCCAGCAGCAGUGGCCUCUCAGCCCAGUCCUUUGACUUCAGCAUGACUGUGUCGAGUGUGGGCUCCUCCGAUGAGACAGGGGGCGCCACCACUGAACCCAUGCAAGUGGAGGGCGACCCUCGCUCCAGUAUUUCCUCUAUUGAGGAGGAGAGCUUCUUCCAGCAGCAGCAGAUGCCUGCCCCUGUCCAAAGCCCAUCCGCUGCCUCCUCCCCCACCCCGGUUACCGUUGCCACGGUAGCAGACCUGGACUUCCUCACUCAGAACAUUCUCCUGCCCCCCUCCUUCCAGCUCGAACCUCCACUGCCUGCCCUUCCCCUGCCCCUCCCCCCAACGCCCACCUCCCAGGAGCAGCAGACCAAAGAGUUUGUGUGCACGCCCCCCUACACACCCCAGCUGGGUGGUGGCAGCUUCCUGUUCGGCGAGCCCCUCUUUAGCUUCGACCCCACUGGCACCACCACACCCCCUCCCUCCACCACCACAGCUACAGCCACCACCUCCAUUGCCACCUCCCUCUCCCCCUCUGCCCCACCCGCCCCACCCACCACAGCCUCCAGUCCUGCUCCCCCCUCCUCCCUGUGCCUCACUGGCCCCUCCACCAACCUGUUUUUCCCUGCUGAUCCCUGCAGUGGCUCUCUCUAUGAGAAGCUACCCCCCACCCCUGACAGCCCUGGGGAUGGGGACUGCACAGUGAUGACCUUGCCUGAGGUUCGGGGACCCCUGUAUGUAGAUGUCCCUUUAGGGCCCCUUCACUACCCCCUUGAGGGCCUCCUCACCCCAGAGGCAUCCCCCGGUAAACAGCCCUGUCUCUCUUUCUUCUCCCUGGAGAGAGAGAGGGAGAAGGAGAGAGCAGAGAUCUCCCUCUUAGCUCAGCAUAUCAGCUCCUUAGCAGAGGGUUUCUACCUGGAUCCUCUCUUAUCCAAGCUAUCCCCUCCUUCCAUGUCCCCCUCCUCCUCCCCUCCUUCCCCCUCCCUCUCCCCAUCCCUAGACACCGCUGGUGUUGACUCUAGCCACAUGCUGGGAGAGUUUUACCCUGUUAAAGCGUGGAGAGGCCUGGACUUCCCCAUAUUCCAUGAUGAUGAAUCUCUGUUUGAAGAGAGCAUCUUAGAAGCCCUUCUCCAGGACUUCUCCACCCCUCCCCCCCUCUCUCCCUCCCUCCCCCCGCCCUCUCCCCCCAACCCAGUGUGCUGGCACUCACCCUCCCACUUUGAGGGGGUCAGCCACUUCUGUAGCGUCCAAUCGGCGCACUGUAACCCCACGGCCGGGUCCGGGGCGACGUUGGCCGGCGAGUCCGGGGCGAUGGCAGAAGUGGAGGGGCUGGCGGAGGAGCCUAUGGAGAUUGAGGUGGCGUCAUCACCUCUGUCCUCCUGCUCCUCCAUCCCAGCAUCCCCUCCCCUGCGACUCACUGCCUCCCCCACCUCCGCCCCCUUCACGCCCGUCGACCCCUCUACACCCGCCGUGCCUUGCGCUCAGUCCCUCCUGGAGGAGCUGGCCGCCCUGGAACCCAUGUUUGGGGCAGGUGCCUCGAUCGCCCCCGGCUUGGGUCAACAACCUGAGUUGUAUCAACUCCAGUGUCACCAGCCGCCACAAUGCUUCCACAAAGAUGGGAGUGGAAGUGUUCCCCCGUUCUAA